CUCCCCGGAGCCUUUGUCUCCGCCGGGCCCGUCCCAGUUUAUCCCAGCUCAUCCCAUCCCAUCCCAUCCCGGCCCCCGCGGAGAGUUGGAGCAAACGAAAGCGAAAGCGGCCCGGAGGAUUGGGCGGCUGAGGGGGGCUCCUUCCCCGGGCGGAGGUCUGCUCCUCGCCGCCAACCCUGCGCCCGGGAAGCGGCUAAACCCCCUCCGGGUGGGCCCGGGCGGGCGGACAGAGCGGCGACCUCGACGAGGUUCCAGAAAAUACUGCUGUCAGAUGCAGCCCGGGCCAGCAGAGGUGGAUUUGGGGGUCUCCGGAACAUUCCAGAGAGAGCGAUUGGAGAAUGAUUUGAGGUGAGGGAUAAAAAUGUUAAGAGAUGCCUCAGACCCCCUGGUCUUUUCUUUCAAAAUUACUCAAAAUCCCUUUGGCUAAACACUGUUUUCUCAGCUGGAGGUUCAGGAUACACCCCUGAGGCUGGGGAAGGGGUUGUGCCUGGUGACUGUGUGGCUUAACAGUAAGUCUUCCUCCUGGAUCCUCAUGGCCUCUUUCCUAGCCAUUACACUCACCCCAACCCCUCCCAGCUUGGCUCGUCUCUAGACCAAACCACCCUUUUGCUGUCCUUAAAAUGAGCAACUGUGACUUCAGAGUCUAAUGGGGGAACUUAGAUUCUGUACUUCUGGAAAACUCUGGCUAAUAUCUUUCUUUUUCACCAUCUUCCCUCCAACUUGAGCUAAUAAAUCCCUGAAGUAUGAUCUUAGCCUGAGCGACACAGGUGUUCUUGGAGGACUGAGAAGGUAAGGCAGUUUCUCUACCGUGCUGCCUCUUACUGGUUAGAGCCUCCAACAUUAAAAUGCAAAAGCAACUUAUGUGCCUCCUGUGAUUUGGGAGGGACCGUACUGCAUUUGCACACAUCAUCUGUGGUCUGUUAUCUACAUGUAGUUUCCUUGGUCUUGUCGAAUCAUUCUUGGUUCUGGACCCUGGAGUGGAGAGUGAUUGAAAUAAUCCUUAGUGAUCAAGUCCACAGUGCCCAGGGCUGCCCUUGUUUUCUAAAAUGUUUUAUUUCAGACAAUAAAUGUUUGUGCUUAUUCCACAAAAAGCUGUUUUAAAUAUCCUUUCUUUCCCUUCCCAAAAUGGAGCCAGGUUGAGAAUUGGGCCUCUAAUGGCUGAAGAUACCAGAGUGAGUCUUGCUGCUCCCCUUUGUACGCCAGCCCUGAAUACCUCGGAUCGAGCCCUGACAGUGGAAAACUGAGGUGUGAAGAGGAGGUCCCAAUGGAAGAGCAAGGCUUGGACCCCGGAGCUCUUGGGAUGACUGGGCCGGCCCCCUUAGCCCAUGGCCGAGGAGCGAGGUACUCGGAGGCUUGGGAGUACUUCCACUUGGCCUCGGCCCGCUCGGGGCACCCGGCCAGUCAGUAUGCCACCUGCCGACUCUGUGGCAAGCAGGUCAGCCGGGGCCCAGGCUUCAACGUGGGGACGACGGCCCUUUGGAAGCACCUGAAGAGCAUGCACAAGCAAGAGCUGGAGAAGAGCGGGCGGCGGCAGAGCAGGCUGCACCUGGAAGUGGCCGCCCCCGCCCUUGCCCUCCCGCAGCCCUCGCCCGGGGCGGAGGGGGACUGGGGCCGGCUGGUGGAGCAGAUGGGCGCCCUGGCUGCGCGGGCAAGCCAGCGGGAGCGGGAGGUGGAGAGGCGCGAGCGGGAGAUAGAGCAGCGGGAGCGGGUGGCAGAGCGGCGUGAAUGGGCGGUGGAGUGGCGUGAGCAGGCGGUGGAGUUGAGGAGGAGGGCCGUCGAGGAGGAGGAGCGGGCCUUGGCCAAAAAGAUGCAAGACCUCCACGUGGAGGAGGAGGAGCUGCAGGCCCGGCUGCUGGAGGCAUGCAGGAGAGAGACCGCGUUGGCUGCAGCCUCUGCCCCUCUGCCAGCGCCCGUCAAAGAGGAGGAGGAAGAGGACGAUGACAACAGCAGGGAAAGCCACUUAGUAACCAAAGUUCAUUUUUAGCCUGGCCUCAGCCAAAGCUGAACCAAAGGCGGUCUCUCUGCUCCCCACUAAAGGACUAGUGGCCGUGUUUUGUGUACUGAACGUUUCAGUCCUUUCACCCUUGUCUGACGUCGGCCAUUGAGUUGACAGUGGAAUGUGCCCGGUCUCCCUGGCCACUUCCGAAGGGAGCAGUGGGCAGUGCCUGGGUCUUCAUGAGGGGAGGCCAAUCUUGCUGACCAUCACGACGGGCGAGGCCCACCCAGAAAGGUGCUCCACUGCACAGAGGAACUGCUGCUGAGCUAGAGAUAUGAGCAACUCCUGGGUGGUUUUUAUAGGUCGGAAACUUUGUCCCCAACCGCAGGUACCAUUCUCAUGCUCUGCACCGCUCCAGAGACAGCUGGCUCCUGGCAGGGCCGCUGGGGGUGUGAUUAAAGCAUUCUGCUGCGAUGGGGUUGGGUUUGAACCCGAGCCAGCAGCAGUAGCAGCAACAGCAGCAGCAUUUUAUAUGGUUUCCUAAUUCAGAACCUUUUCACAGCAUGGGUACUGUACAUAUCUUUAUACAAUCAUAUGUGUUUACCAUUGUCAACCUCAAGCUGUUUGGGUAAAUUUUGUACAAUCCCGACACUGUGUCCUGUACUGUUAAAUUAAAGAACGUGGUUUAAGCUUUGUUUUGGCCAGGUUGAAGCCUUCUCCAGGACCAGAGUCGCCAGAAUCUAGGUUUAUUAUCUGGAGAAUUGACCACUUCUGUUAUCUUUUUGUCAUCUGUGCCCUCUUUUGUUAAACUUUUUCACUAUGUGCUGAGCACUGUAUUAAACACUGGGUUAGAUGCAAGAUAAUCAGGAGAUUGGACACAGUGCCUGUCCCACAUGAGGAUCACAGUCUAAUCAAUCAAUCAGUGGUAUUUAUUCGCCGAUUGCUCUGAGGAGGAGGUGGCUUUAUGUGGCUUAGAACUUUGGAAAAGAUCGGGAGGCAGAGAGGAAGGAUCCUAUGUUGGUCCUGGGGAUGGUGGUGAGGCAGUUCUGGCUGUAAAACCCUUAUCACAUGGGGCAGUUGGAGUAUUAAAUAUGAUAUUUUCCUUUGA